AUGGUCGUCACAUGGAAAGCAUGUGCCAAUUUGAAUUUUGUGGAAUUUGUGGUGAUGCUCAACACCCAACUUGUUCUUACCCAACAUUUCUAUAUGAACCUCAAGGGCAUUCUCAAGUUGGAAAUUUUCAAGAGCCGCAACGAGUGGUGGGGUGAUUACUCGCCUACCCAACAACAAUAUUCAUCGAGUUCGAUCACAUCUCUUGAAGAAAUUGUUAAGUCGCUUAUGCUUAGUACUUUACAGUUUCAACAAGAGACUAGGAGUAGCCUUAAGAAUCUAGCAGAUCGACUGGACCAACUUGUGUCCUCAGUGAGCGAAACCGCAUCUCGAUUUGAAUUGUCAUCAGAUACGGUGGUAGAUACCUCGAGUUCUGCUACAGAGUUGAUGAAAUCUCCUAAGAUAGAGCAAGAAUUCAUGGAGGAAUCUGAACGAGUUGUGGUUUUUCGAUCUGCAAGUGAUUUGUCUCCUAGUGAUUAUAUGGGUGUUGGUGAAUUUGAAGUGCAAAAAAAUCUUGACUCGAGUGGUUUGGAUAAGUUGAAAGUUCGUUUCAAGAUAGCUUAUAUGAAUCGUAUUGCUUUCCUCUAA